AUGUGGAUUGGCCCAACCAUACCUCUACAAACCGGGGCCGCAGCGAAAGCCAUGGAUUCUAAGGCAGACCUAGCCCUCGUCAACGACACCAUACUUCUCAUGAUCUUCCAGGUGUUCUGCCUCAUCGCCUUCAUGGUCUAUAUCUGGAUAGAAUCUGCUAGAGAACGAAAAUCAACGUUCACAAUAGUCGCACUCGUCUUGCUCUUUGGUCUAGUCUGCCUCAACACAGCAGUAAACCUCAUCAUUGAAAUCUGGAGCUGCCUGAGAUACAACUACUUGGUCCAUGGAUACUGGCUGUAUAUGAAUCACAGCUCUCUUGCUGUGGCUUGCUUCAUAUUCAUCUACUUGUUUUGCACUUUCCUUGUGCUUCUACUUCAGGAUAUCAUAGAGUACAGGCAAGAGACAAGGAGAGCGGUGGAUGAGGACUGGGAGUCAACGGAAUUAGAGGAGGGUAUUAUGCCAGCUUCGCAAACACUGGAAAGCAAAACAUCAGAGGGCAAAGAGAUGGAAGAAGGAGGUGAAGACGCACCGUCCUUGCACACACCAGCGGAUAAAGAAGAGGAAGGGGAAGGAGAGAAGGCUUCUGCGAAGAAUGGCGAGCAGAAGAAACUGGAGCCUCGAGGAACAUAA